AUGGACACCGACAUAUGCGAGUUUUUGGACCCCAUUUCGCUGACUCCCAUGGAGGAAGCCAUGGUGACUUCCUGUGGCCACUCCUUCUCCAAGUCCUCAAUCUUGCAAUGGCUUGCGUCGCAUCCCACCAAUGCAAGGUGCCCCGUGUGCAACGCCACCCUCAAGCCCGACGGGCUGGCUCCCAACUGGGCACUCCGCUCCGCCAUUGCCAAGUUCGCGCCAGGUGUCACCAGUACGGCGGGCUCGCACCUGAGUUUCGAUACGAGAGGGCAAGCAGAGGCGAGUGCACCACUCAUCACCGUCAAGCCCUGCAAGAACGAGAAGGCCUGUACUCAGCCAACCACGUAUAGGACAAUCCAGAUUGACGACGCCCCGCCCACAGGUUGGAAACGCGUGCUACGACGAGGAAGAGGGGCUGAGCGUUGUCUGCUUCUGCUCGCAAGUGCUCUGUCAGACGACCUUUGGCCGUUGGAGCAACUGGUGGACACGCUCAAUCUGGUGUCAUGUUGCCGCUCUUCUUGGUGCUUUACCUCUGCCUCGGCACCAUUG